AUGGAGACCAGUGACGAGACAAGAGCAUUGGAGCAAAUACAGCAAACAUCCGAUACACCUGUACAUACAUUUGAUGCAAACUUACCUCCGGAACGCAAACGGGCACAAGCCGAAGCGCAUAUCCCCAAAGACUUUGUACCAGACUUGAGAAGCCUUGGCCGUCAUCAGGAUGGGUUCGCUACAGAGAUUGGGUCCAGUGAUGCUGAUAAAAUCAAGCAAGCCAUAAUUGAAGCGACUCAGAAAUCAGUCAGUCAGAAUGUCACUCCUAAUCAAACACAAUCAAAGCGUCGUCAGCCUCAGCAGCCUGUCGUAAACACCAUUGCUGGCUAUCGUGUCAGCCAUCCAUUACCUGAUGACUCUCGCAUUGGCUGGACAGCCUUUUCAAAUGCAACAAAUCCCGGUGGCUCAUUAGGCAUCAUGGCAACAGAAAAGAAGAAAUCAGAUGGCACGGUAGACGCAUUGUACAGCACACUCAUGAGCCCAUUUGACGAGCAUUGGCAAGACUAUGGUGUCAUCUUUGUUAUAGGUGUUGGAUUUUGGCUGCUUGUCAAAGCCGGAGGUAGCAUGGGCUCGUUUAUACUUGGUCUACUGUUUGUAGCUUCGUAUUAUAGACUGAGCUUGAGUAGACUGGAUACACGUGCCACAGACGAUAUGAAGCGAGACUUGGCAUUCAUUGCAUUACAAACAGCCGAUUACGAAAAUGUUGAAUGGCUCAACAAUUUCGUCCAAAAGUUCUGGCUCAUUUUCGAACCUGUUUUGAGCGCCUAUGUCAUUGAGAACAUUGAUACCUAUCUUGUGGACUACCUGCCUGGAUUUUUGGAUUCUGUGCGCCUCACUACAUUCACCUUGGGCUCAAAGCCGUUUCGAGUAGAAAGUGUAAAGUCAUUCACAGACACCGAGCCUGAUACAGUGUGCAUGGACUGGGAUGUCUCCUUUGUGCCCAACGAUACCAAUGGCAUGACCAGAGAUCAAAUCGACAGAAAAGUGAGCCCCAAGGUAGUAUUGAACAUUCGUCUCGGUAAAGGUUUUGUUGGAACAGCACUCUCUGUGCUGGUGGAAGACAUGAGUUUCAAAGGUCGUAUGCGUGUGAAGCUGCAGUUUAUCAGCAAAAUGCCGCAUGUCAAGAUUGUGGAAGCUUGUUUUAUGGAAAAACCCCAAUUCGAUUAUGUGCUGAAACCUUUGGGUGGAGAAACAUUUGGAUUUGACGUGAAUAAUAUUCCUGGCCUUCAAGGCUUUGUACGUGAACAAGCACAUGCCAUCUUGGGUCCCAUGCUGUAUUAUCCCAACGUAUUUGCAUAUGACGUUGAAAAGUUCUUCUCUGGCGAGUUGGAUAUCAGUCAAGCAAACGGUGUCCUGGCUGUCACUGUGCACUCAUGUUCCAGAAUUAAUGCUUCAGACACUACCUUGAAUCCAUUCAUUCGAUUCUUCUUGAACAAGGCACAGGAGUUGGAGAAGACAGCUGUACUGGAGAACACUCACACACCGCAAUGGAAUGAGACCAAGUUCUUGCUGCUCAACAACCUGGACUCUAUCCUCACCAUGGAGUUAAGAACAACAAACAGCACAAAGAAAGCAGGCAAACGUUUGGCCAGAUCACACUUUGAUCUCAAGGACAUAAAGGAGGAGGAAGACAUGGAGCUGGAUAAUUUAACACUGCCAAUGCAACGCCAUGGUAAAUUCAUCACUGACCUCAAAGUGGAUAUGCGAUAUUUCCCUGUUUCCAAGCCGAUCCAGAACCCUGAUGGCACCUAUAUCGAGGCUGCUCCCUCCAAUUCUGGGGUCCUCCGUAUCACAAUUCACGAGUGCAAAAACCUGGGAUCAAAUAAGAUCAAUCCUUACGCUCUACUCAAGAUCAACGGUGUGGACAGGUUUGAAACCCCUACAUUCAAACGUACAUCCAAUCCCAAGUUUGAGAGGCCCUUUGAGAUUCUUGUGUUGGAUAUGACGCAGGUGUACAUCCGUGUGAGCAUCAUUGAUCGUAUCAAUUUUGCCGGAGAUGCCUCGUUGGGUUCGUGGAACGCUUAUUUGACUGAUAUUAUGCGGGAUCAAGAAGACAAGGAGUACUGGUGGACUUUGCGAAAGAAGGGUCAAGAGAUCAAUGCUCGUUUGCGAUUGAGUGUGCAAUGGAAGCCUGUGGUAAUGACAGGUCUUGCUAAAAUGGGUGGUGUCGGCUUGUAUUCUGCUCCUGUUGGUGUCAUUCGAUUCUCCAUUUGGUCUGCCAAGAAUCUCGUCUCGACCAAGUCUGAUCUAUACGUUCGCAUCAAGAAUGGAAAGCAAACCAGAGCAAGAACUGAAAUCAUUGAUAGUACAGAUUGUCCUGAAUGGGGCGAGUUUCAUUAUGUUCCUAUUCACUCUUUGCAAGAGGAUCUUGUAUUGGAGGUGAUGGGCUGGACUUCUGGAUCCAAGGACAAAUCGCUAGGCUCCACUGUGUUCCCUUUGAAUCAACUCAUCAAACAAUGCAAGAACGAAAACGAGGCUGUGUGGUACGAGUCCAUGGCUGAUAAGCUGGAUAGACAAGUACCUCUUCAUACAGGCAACACGCAAAAGGGCUUUUUAACCUAUUCAGCUGAAUUCUAUCCCACCAUGGCGCUUGCAGAAACAGACGAUGACGAAGACCAAGCAGCACCUACGCAAGACCUUUCCAUCGCUGUUCCAGACAAGCCCAUCUCAGAAGCAAAAGCAGUACUGCCUAAAAAAGCAGAAUUACCAGCAUUUGAUCUUCAUGGCUUACCCAUCCGAUAUACCCCGGAUCAGCUCAUCGACUUGUCAUGCUAUGGAAGUGGUGUGCUCACUGUCAAAAUCCAUGAGGUCAAGGCACCGCAAGUGUACGAUUGUUACUGUCAAGUCAUGGUGGAUUCACUGACCCCUCAACACAAGACGGACACGCUCAAGGGACGCACUUUAGCAUUCAAUGUGACCACAGACGCUUUCAUCAAGGACUCUGGUUUCUCUCGUGUCGCUAUUGAGCUCAAACCGCCUCACAAGACUGAGAAGGAUGAUGACAGAUUGGCCUACUGGUACGAGAGCAGCGAGCGCUUAAUUCGUCAUAUCCAACAACGCGCUCGUGAAAAGCAGUUGGCCAGUAGUGGCAAAUUUGACAUGAGCGAAAUGUUGCUGCAUGCAGAGGAGGACGAGGGUGAGUGGUACAAUUUGAUCGCACCUGUUGGAGGCCCAGCACAAAUCAAGCUUAGCUUUGGUUACGCCCCUUUGCUGAACUACACUGUGAACCCUGAUGAAAGCAUAGAAAACCAAGGUGUCUUGACCGUGACAUUACUGAAUGCAAGGAAAUUGAAGGCUGUAGACAAGUCGGGCACAAGUGAUCCCUAUGUCAGAUUCACAAUCAACGGCGACAUUGUCUAUAAGAGUGCCGUUGUCAAAAAGAAUUGCAAUCCUGUGUGGAAGAAUGAAGUGUUUGAAGUGCCUAUUAUUUCUCGAGUUACAGCCAGUUUCAGAAUUGAGGUAUUUGAUUGGAACCAGAUUUCUGGCGAUGUUCCCUUGGGUUCAGGUGGUAUCUCUAUUCGCGGUGACACAGUCGAGAGUUUUAGUGCGCGUGAUGUUGACAUUCCCCUCGAUGGACAAGCUGGCGACACUGGCACUGUGCGUGUGCGUCUCAAGUGGGAGCCUCAACUCUUAUUGCGCAGAAAGAUGCAUACAACAUUCAUGGGAACCACAAGAAGAAUGACAACCAAAAUGGGAACCACUGCUUUCAACUUUAGUCAGCCGCCCAAGAACACAACCUCAAAAAGCAACAGCAUUCAAUCCAAGUUGUCUGGUCUCUUGGAUUCAACUUCCUCCACCUCAUCUACUGCAAAGCCUUUAGUUGAUCCUAUACACGAGGCCAGAGAAACAGAGCAAGAGCCGCAGCACGAGCAGCAAAAGCCAGUAAUCAGCAACAGAUCAGUGCAGCCAUCCCAGCCAGCAGAGCAUAACUUUUUAGUAAAAACAAGUGAAGGCACAGUGCACAUUCAAGUUGUGGAAGCUAGAAACUUGAAGGGCGAUGGCGACAAGAUUAAUCCUGUAGCUAUCGUGCACCUUGGAUCGAAGCAGUUGUUGAAAACCAAAAAGAUCAAAAAGACUCCCAAUCCAUCAUGGAACGAAACCUGUUCACAGAAAUUGUCUGGUGAAGAGAUUCAGUUGGAUAUCAUGGUGAAAGAUUCUCAUACAUUCCAUUCAACUGACAUUGGCGGCUUUACCUUCUCAUUGUGGGAUUUAAUUAGACCGCCUAUUGUUACAUCGUUGGAUAAGUGGCUGCCUUUGGAGCCUGAGGGAAGUGGUGAAGUUCAUAUCAAAAUUGAUUACGAUGUAAAAGCUUGA